GCACAUACCAACGAUGAUCAAGAAUCCUGAUGUGAAAGGUUGUGGGCUAACCAGCACAACGACAUUCUGAGUUGGGUCCAUUUUCUUACCUGCUGCAGGUGCUCUAACGCCCUCGUGAGGAUGCAAAGUGGAAGCAGAAGACAGAAGAGGUGGGUCAAGGCGAAGGACUGCACUUUAAGGGAGAACAAAAAGUUCAUGAGCAACAGGAGGCAACGUAAGCUGUUCAGCAGGAACAUCAAACUCGCAUAAUCCAUUUUUUAAAAAAAAAGUUAUACAAAUUGGAUGUAUCGGGAUUAAUAAAAUAAACUCCGGUGGCGAUAAACGAAGACUGAAGACAAAUGGAUAAUGAUUUGGAGCAGGGAGAGGUGGUGGAGCAGGACAAGGUGAGAACCCUGCAGUCUCAGGUGGAGGGAGUGAAGGACAUCAUGACCCAGAACGUGGACCGGAUCCUGGCCCGGGGAGAGAGGCUGGACGACUUGAUGGGCAAGUCAGAGGACCUGCAGGCUGGGGCUGAGGACUUCAAGCACACGUCCCAGAAGGUGGCUCGCUCCUACUGGUGGAAGAACAUGAAGCUGUGGGUGGUGAUCGUGGUCAUUGUCCUCGUCAUAAUCCUCAUCAUCGUACUGCUCAGCACUGGCGUCAUCCCAACCAGCACCCCUGUUCCCCCACUUCCCAAACCUACUAAAAGACCAAACUAGUAAUGUUUUUCCCCACUGUGUUUCAAUGUGUUUUAGCUGAGCUGGUUGCUAGAGAGGAUGUCAGUGGGGUUUUUUGUUUUGAAAGAUGGGGAAAACUUAGCUGCAAUGGUAUAGUGAAAGAAAGGGGAAUUGAGAGAGGGAAAGAGGGAAUGGAGAGAGAGUCUGAAGAAGCAUGAGAGCCUUUUGACCUCUAUCCAUGACCUGAUACUCCAUCAUACACAAACUGCGGGAACUCAUGUCAUGACCUAUGUGGGUUCUCAUUGUCCCUGUACUCAGGCCUUGGAAACUCUGGCUAACUCCAGACAACCUGUUGUGAGAGAGGUGGAAUUGAACAGCUAACAACUCCCCUUGCUGGUCCAAACGAGUGUCUCAAGCUCCUAGGACUACUGUCAGCCAUCUCAUAGCUUUGUUAAUGUCUUCCUCUCAUAGAAUAGGCCAAUGGCUUUCAGAACAAUUGUAAUUCAGCAAUUGCUCAACUAUUUCUUCCCACUUAAGGCUUCAUUCAUAAAAAAUGUAUUCAUCCAGAUAAUGUAAUCUUGACUAAAUUGAAACGGUUAAUUGCAUAGUAGCUUUUGGUAGGCCUACCUGUAUUCUUUAACUACUUGUGGGUUUUAACUCAUCUCACUGCCCACUCCAAUGUUACAAUACCAGCCAAGCUUUGGGGAGGUCAAGGAGUUUACUCCCAUGCUUGUAUAUAGUUAUCUUACCUGUAUAUACAUUUGUAAAGCACCCACAUGGGGCCCUAAACCAUCCCAGUAGUGUAACAAUGAGGUUAAUUUGAGGCUAUUUAUUAAUGUUUUAUUUUUCUCAUCCCUACUGAACGUCUUUUCUUUUUUGUUUUUCAUGACUGUAUUAAUGUUGUUUUUAAUCAAAACCAAUGAAAGAGAAUGAUAUGGACCCCCUCCAGAGUCAUAUCAGUAUAUAUGUGGUUUAGAGAUAUAAUUGUAUUUUAGACAAGUAGGAUGUAUUGGGAAUUUGGGCCCGUUUCAAUUAAUAUAGAAUUCUAUUAUUUUGUUUUUCAUUCAUUGAUGGAGUUCAAUCAUGUUAUAUCUGGUUAAUUAUAGAAUAAAUAGCAUUUACUUCUGCA